CGUUCGUCUGUUUCUGUUUGAGCGAGACGCGUUGGACACGUUCCGGGAGGAUAUCUUCGGAGGAGCCCCGAGCUUUGCCGACCACCGCCACCACCGCCUUCGCGGACCUUCGAACGGACCGGACCGAUACCCGUUUCCCCCUUUCUUUCGUCGCGAGACCAGGAAAGCGAAAGAUGCGAGAGAUCGUGCAUAUUCAAGCUGGACAAUGUGGCAACCAGAUCGGUGCCAAGUUCUGGGAGGUGAUCUCGGACGAACACGGCAUCGACCAGUCCGGCACCUAUCACGGGGACUCGCAGCUGCAGCUGGAAAGGGUGAACGUGUACUACAACGAAGCGUCCGGUGGGAAAUAUGUACCGCGUGCUAUCCUGGUUGACCUGGAGCCCGGUACCAUGGACUCGGUGCGCUCGGGAUCGUUCGGACAUAUCUUUCGGCCGGACAAUUUCGUGUUCGGGCAGUCGGGGGCUGGGAACAAUUGGGCAAAGGGCCACUACACCGAGGGCGCGGAACUGGUCGACUCGGUUCUGGACGUAGUGAGGAAGGAGGCCGAGAGCUGCGACUGCCUGCAAGGCUUUCAGCUGACUCACUCUUUGGGCGGUGGCACCGGAUCCGGCAUGGGCACGCUGCUCAUCUCCAAGAUUCGCGAGGAGUACCCGGACCGAAUAAUGAGCACCUUCUCCGUGGUGCCGUCGCCGAAGGUGUCCGACACCGUGGUCGAGCCGUACAACGCGACCCUCUCCGUCCAUCAGUUGGUCGAGAACACCGAUCAGGCGUACUGCAUCGACAACGAAGCCCUCUACGACAUCUGUUUCCGCACGCUCAAGCUCUCGACACCGACGUACGGGGACUUGAAUCAUCUGGUGUCGGCCACCAUGUCCGGGGUGACCACCUGUCUCAGGUUUCCCGGUCAGUUGAACGCGGAUUUGCGAAAGUUAGCCGUCAACAUGGUCCCCUUCCCUCGCCUCCACUUCUUCAUGCCUGGGUUCGCGCCGCUCACCUCACGAGGAAGUCAACAGUACAGAGCGUUGACGGUGCCUGAACUCACCCAGCAAAUGUUCGACGCGAAGAACAUGAUGGCCGCUUGCGAUCCGCGACACGGAAGGUACCUGACCGUGGCCGCGGUGUUCCGCGGCAGAAUGUCCAUGAAGGAAGUGGACGAGCAGAUGCUGAAUAUUCAGAACAAGAACAGCUCCUACUUCGUCGAAUGGAUCCCGAAUAACGUGAAGACAGCCGUCUGCGACAUCCCCCCGCGCGGCUUGAAGAUGUCCGCCACCUUCAUCGGCAACACCACCGCCAUUCAAGAGCUGUUCAAGCGGAUCUCCGAACAGUUCACCGCCAUGUUCCGGCGGAAAGCCUUCUUGCACUGGUACACCGGCGAGGGCAUGGACGAGAUGGAGUUCACCGAGGCCGAGUCGAACAUGAACGAUCUGGUAUCGGAGUAUCAGCAAUACCAGGAAGCCACCGCAGAGGACGAGGGGGAGUCCUACGUGGAGGAAGAGACGGAGAAGUGACCAACGGCGACGAAAUCAGCGAACCACGUCCGAUUCCGUUCCGAAUCCGAACGGAAGCUUAUACAUUUUUUUCUCUUUUAUCCCUUUUACUCUCUGUCUCUGUAUUUCGACCAACUUGUUUUCUCCGAUUUUCAUUUGUACGUUGAUCUUUUUACGAUCGAUUUUUACACGUAUGUACACACACGCGCUCGCAAACAUGAUACGGUACCUUGUAUUACCUAUAUGUAUACACACGUACACACGCGUGCGA